AAUGACGCACGGUCGUGUCGGUGUCGGUCCGUCUGCUGACUGCUGACCAAAUAUUGGCUUUGACACUUCUCGUCCCCGCAUUCUGCGGCCGAAAUUUAUAGAGUCCGAUGUGAACGGACGAGAGCGCCGAAAAUGAGCGCCGACGAGCAGGACGAGGCGUGUCGGCAGCUUCUGCAGACCCUGAAGGGCACCGCCGAGGGCCUCCUCGCGGGUCACUCAACCAACGUGUGGAGUGUUUACGGCGGCCUGCAGCGGUUGCACUCGGCCGUGCUCAAGAUCCUGCAGCACGGCCUCAGGAUUCACGACCCGCAUGGCAUUCCAGACCCGUGGGCCUUCGUCGAAGCUCUGCAGUGGCUGCAGCCGUCGCUGGCCUCCUCACCACCUUUCCGGCCGUCCCUGCUAAAAACUGCAAUGACUUCCUGUGCUGACGACGAUUCAUCAAAAAAUGAAUCACGCAGAAACGAGCAGUACUCGGAGUGGCUUUUCAAAAGCUUGGAGUCACACAGUUUGUCAGCCAAGUUGUCUUGGCUGCUCUCAGACCGGAGUCACUUGGAAUCUUGCUACGAACCUUUUGCUUAUUUGCGCAGACCGAAGCAUUCAGAGGCCGCCCUGAUUUGUCUCAGGGCUGUUGAGCAAGGACAGCCGUCCCUGUUGAAUGAUUUGGACCCCAGACUGUACCUGAGUCAACUGAGCACAAAACAGUUUGUCCGAUCGCACCGGCGUUGCUCGUCUUUCCCUGACAACGUGCGCCCCUUCAUGAGACUGACCCGGAGGUCAACCACGCUGCCGCACCUCAAGUUGCUGCCCACAACCAAGCUGACCCUCGAGCGGCAAUGGAGCAGCGAGCCGAGUCUCUUCAACACGCCCAAACCAAAAACCCGAGACCGAAGUUCGACGACGUCAGACGUCAAUCGGAAAAAGAAAUUCAACGUCGAGGCCGCGCUGCAGGAGUUGAAACUCGUGUGCCAGGCCAAGGAACGGCGGCACUCUAGUCCGAGGAAGGAGACUCUCAGGAGACCCACAAACCUCAGUUUGAGCACCACAAUCCAGGAGGACACGCCCAAGUCUGUGGAAAAGACGGCCAGCGUGGACGUCCUCGUCGAACCCUGCACCGAGGCCCUCAGUCAAGAAAUCCCAAUUUCGCCCCCUGCCAAUUCUGCAGAGGAGGGUUCUCUGUCACCUUCGAAAUUGGCAACGCCCGGCAGCUCCUUGUCCAUGUCCCCGCAGUUCAUGUCUCCGUUUGUGGUGACGGCCUUUGGUUCGAUGGACCGGAAGCCGUCGGAUGUGACCGGCUUUUUGGCCUCGGCAGGGAAGUUUUCAGACCCUGCGGAAGAACUUGGCAGGGAAAACGCGCACUUCAGUGUUUCGGAGGCGAUGAUUGCUGCCAUAGAAAGAGCCAAGUGCGAGAGAAAUGAGAAAAAUGCCAAAAGGAAACUUAGGAAGGAGUCAAUCACUGAUGACACCUUGAAUAGUGAGGAAGAGGACGACGUGGAAAUUGCCAGGCUGCAGGAAAAAAUACGAGCCCGCCGCAGGGAAAAGGAAUUGAGAGAAAAGAGACUUAUCUCGCGCACAAGAAGGGUCACCAGAGCCAGGAAGCAACUAAAUACCAAUCCCUUGACUAGUGAUGGACGCACAGACACGCCGAACACUGAUCAGUCGAGUGUCACUCCGCCAUCCUCUCCCUCCUCCGACAGCGAAGAAGAUAAUUCUCAAGACCACUUGAUUGAUUCUGAUCAGCCAGGAGCGCCUUGUGACAAUCUGGCAAGAGUCGGAGUGUCUGGUCUAUCAAUGUCGCUUGCUUCCCUCUACUCUGAAUCGGAACUGGCGUCGAGGCAGCCCAACUGUAUCCUGGAGGAAAGUGUCCAGUCGCACAAAAGCACAGCCGAAGGAGUGGCGUUUGCGUUGCUGAGUCAGUUCAAAGGAAAAGUCAUUCCCAACGAAUCGGAACUGCAGUGGCUGGUUUCGGAAAAAGAAGUGCCUCAAAAGCUGCUGCCUCUGCCCUCGAGUUGGCCCGUCAGUCCUGACGAUGCUGAAGACGAGGACAUGACUCGGGCGACACAACUGAGAGGAAAUUUUCAGUGGGCACCGCCAAGAGCUCAGAUCAUUUUCACUCCACACCCCUCUCCAAACAAAAAGAUUCUUCUGGGCAAGCAGAAUUACAUGUGUGCCGGUUGCGGCAUGAAAGUGGAGCCGCAGUACGCGAACAAAAUGCGCUACUGCGAAUAUUUGGGCCGCUUCUUCUGCACAGGGUGUCACGGCAACCAGCUGGCCAUGAUCCCAGGACGCAUAAUCACCAAGUGGGACUUCUCCAGGUUCCCUGUCUCUGCGUUUUCCUAUCGGCUGCUCGACCAAAUGCAGAAUGACGCCCUCUUCAGACUGGAAGACUUGAAUCCGAACUUGUUCCGCAAGUUCCGGCAGCUGGCCAAGUGCAAACUGGUGCGGGUGCAGCUGGCCGAGCUCUCCAGUUUCAUUUCACACUGCCGGUUCGCCUCCAUCGAGCGGACAAAACUCUCCAGGGAGCCUAGUCACCUGCCCAAAGACCCUGAUCUGUACUCCAUGGUGGACCUUUGCCAAGUCAAGACCGGAGAACUUGUGACCCGACUGCAGCACUUGGUCAAUCUGUGCCAGGAGCAUGUCGCAAAUUGCUCGUUGUGUCCGGCGAGAGGCUUCAUCUGUGAAAUUUGCAGGAAUAGUGAGAUUUUGUAUCCGUGGGACGUGGCCAAGGUGGUCAGGUGCAGACACUGCGGCUGCUGUUUGCACGCCAAGUGUUGGCACAACAGACACAGCCCGCCCACCAGCGCAGCUUCGCCCCAAGACUGUCCUCGGUGUUUCCGAAUAAGAGAACGCGAGCAACAAAAAUUAUUAGAAGCGUAGCAGCCCAUUCCAAAAAUAUUUAAUUACCAUUUAUUUUUUAAUGUCUUCACAUUUACCCAUUCCAUUGUGUCUAGUUUUAUGAUAGUUGCUGUGUGAAACUAUUUAAUUGAUCCUCAAUUGAAAAUAUAAACCUAAAUAAAUUAAUAAAAAUAAAGAAAUAAUAUAAAC